AUGAAGAUUUGGCCUGCGUCUCGCUUUGUCUCCGUGAAGAUCGUGCCGCAGAAGCACAAGCCAGCCUCCCACAAGGCUCAAAACAAAGACAAGAAACCAGCCCACAAGACCGGAAAACCGGAAGCCAAGUCUGGCAGCAGCAACCCUAAAACUCAUGCUCGGGAUCUCGAGCCCACCAUUCCUUUCUCGCCCGAAGACUCCAUACUCCUCACUGGCGAGGGCGACCUCAGCUUCUCCAGGGCACUUGUGGAGCACCACUACUGUGAGAAUGUCACGGCGACUGUGCUGGAGAGGGACCUCGAGGAACUCACUGCCAAGUAUCCUCAUGUGAACGAGAACGUGGAGCUCAUCGAGGCUGAGGGAAGCAAGGUGGCGUAUGGGGUCGACGCUAAGAAGAUGGGACCGUGGGCUAAGAAGUCGGGCAAAGACUCGGUUGGCAUCAUGGACAGGAUAAUUUUCAACUUCCCCCACGUGGGAGGCAAGAGCACAGAUGUAAACCGUCAGGUACGGUAUAACCAAGAACUGCUCGUCGAGUUCUUCAAGCGGGCGCUGCUCUCGCUGGCGCCGGGCGGGACCAUCAUCGUCACCCUGUUUGAAGGAGAGCCGUACACCCUCUGGAACGUCCGCGACCUGGCACGCCACUCGGGGCUGCAAGUCGAGCGCAGCUUCCGCUUCCAGGCCUCCGCGUAUCCGGGGUACCAUCACGCGAGGACGCUUGGUGUGGUCAAGAACAAGCAAGGAGACGUCGGCGGCGGCUGGAAGGGCGAGGACCGCGCUGCCCGGAGCUAUGUCUUUGUGAGGAAGGACGAGGUGCCGAAGGCGAUCUCCAAGAAGCGCAAGCGCUCGGGUGAUGAUGAUGAUAGCGACGAUUCAGAUUGA